AUGACGAGCUACGAUGAUACUCUCCCCAAUUUCAAAACACCGCAGUAUGGACGUGUAAGACGCGUACCGAAGGCAAUUACAGCAUAUACACCGGCAGAGAACAGAAUUAUCGCAGCACCAGAAGCAAAGGCGACCGCGAUCGGCUUGAACAUCGGGAGCGAAAUGAACAAGGAGACGUCCGUUUGCGAUAUCGAGGUGUUCAUGGAUCACUAUCUUCCAAAGGUCGACGGCAAUAUCCUGUGCACUGUUCUCGAUGACCUGGAGAAGAGGGGUAGUCUUGUACCUCGCGACAUCCGUGCCACAGAAGCUCAGGCUGCCACCCCACGGGUCGCCACUUUGGACACCACUACUCUCGGCCGUGUUAUUUGCAAGGCGCUCGAAAAGGCCGGUAUCAAGCCAAACGAGCAUAUCAUUCGUAUGUUCCGCAACAACCAGCGCAAGUCGCCAACCAAUGGCAGUAUUCGUGGCACCACCGAUGUAGCUGUGGCAUUUGAGUUCAAGUCGACGCGCGUGGCCGAGAUGGAGGACCAUGUUAAGGUGGCAUUUCAAGCCAGCGACGCAAUCAACGACGAUUCUCGACGCAAAUUCGUUCUUGGGAUAACCAUCGAAGACGAUUAUGUUUCCCUUUGGUAUUUCUCCCGUACCCAUUCCGCGAAGUCAGUGUCACUCAGUAUGGUCGAGCGAGCUGAUCUUUAUGUUAAGAUCAUGAUAUCACUUUUUUGUGCCACCGAUGAACAGCUUGGAUUCGACCCCCUCGUGCAGUUGGUCAGCGACGAUGAUCUCACAAAUUCAAGUGACGAGAUACCUGAAGACACGUAUUACCACACCAGGCACUCAGUUUCUGCAAGCCGCUCUGUUGGUCGUGCAGGUCGCUUCAGUCGUGCUCGACAGGUUGAGCUCGUGGACCCCGUCAACGAGUCGGGUGCGGAGGACAUGAUCUUGAACGAUGUUUUGUCAUUGGUUGGAACGCCAGCUGAGGCUGCCACUCAAGAGUUGGUACUCGCCGAUAUUGAGGGACUGAGAAAGGACUCUGAGCAGCCCCUGUACGACGCCCCACUCAUGGGGGCAUUGUCCGAGGCGGACAGUGCUUUCCUCACAAGCCUCCUUCAGGGUGCCGAAAGUGGCUUCUGCCUUGGACUCUGA